CCAGUAUUUUGGCUGCCAACCGCCGUAAAGAAGAAGAGGAAGCUGUGCAGCAAUACAACUAGGUAGGUGAGGUCUCGUGUUUUGGUAGUUACGUUCCAGCGGUUUCGAUUUAUCUCCGCCGUUCAACGCAUCAAAAAUUACAAUGCUGUCCAGCAGGGUCGUCUUGGUAACGGGCGGCAACAAAGGCAUCGGUAAAGCCAUCGUGCAGGCCCUCUGCAAGGAGUUCCAAGGGGACGUCUACCUCACCGCCAGAGAUGAGGGGCGUGGCCAGGAGGCGGUAGCGUCCUUGAGCGCCGAGGGGUUAAAGGCCAAUUUCCUCCAGCUGGACAUCACCGACGUCACCAGCAUCACCAGGGCGGCCGACUUCUUUAAACAAAAGUACGGCGGCGUGGACGUGCUAGUCAACAACGCUGGCAUCGCUUUUAAAGUGGCCGAUACGACUCCCUUUGCCGUCCAGGCCGAAGUGACGCUGCGGACCAACUACUUCGCCACCCGGGACAUGUUGACCCACUUCCUGCCUCUUAUCAAAGCUGGAGGCCGCGUGGUCAAUGUGUCGAGCUUCGUCAGCGUGCGCAGCCUGAACAUGUGCAGCCCGCAGCUACAAGAACGUUUCCGCAGCGAGGACAUCACCGAGGAAGAGCUGACGGGGCUGAUGGAGGAUUUCGUGGCGCUCGCCAAGAAGGGCGAGCACAAGCUCAAGGGGUGGCCUGAGACCGCCUACGGGGUUUCCAAGAUCGGCGUGACGACUUUAUCCAUGAUACAUGCCAGGCGUCUUUCCAAGGAGAGGCCAAAUGAUAAGAUCCUAGUGAACGCGUGCUGUCCCGGCUGGGUGCGCACCGAUAUGGCAGGCCCGAAAGCCACCAAGUCUCCAGAGGAGGGCGCCGAGACGCCCGUCUACUUGGCCAUGCUGCCCGCCGGCGCUUCUGAGCCUCACGGCAAGUUCGUGUCUGACAAAACAGUCCACAAAUGGUGAAGUCCACGACGUUGCCCAAACCUCGUUGGAUUGUUUUAAAGGGAUUUUUUUUUUUUUUUAAGAUUUGAAAUACACUAACAAUUUGCACAUUUAUUACCGACUAUUUCUUGAUUAACCCAUCAAUGCCUGAAUUUACAUUAAAAUGGAUUGGACAUCGCCGUCUGAAAUUAGAGCAUUCAUUGAUUUUUACUUUCAUUUUGACUGUUUAGCGUUGCCUUUUUUUGAGGACUUUGAUGGAUUUGUGGAGUGAUUGAUGUGAAAACUUUGUGAAAUUCUUAAAUAAAGUACAAUUGAACUCA